CAGGUGCUGUGGCUGGACCAAUCAUCUCGAUAACACCCAUUUAAAAAUUGUAUGAUGCGUUCUACACAUUUUUCAUUCCUUCCCCAUGGUGAUGCACACUGGUUCCAGUACUUCUGGACUGGCAAUGGCAGAAGGAAAGGGCCCAAUUCUGCGUGAAAGUGCAGAUAUUUCCCGCCUAAUCACCAGCCAUGCUGUUAACAAUACUGCUGACACAAGCCGGAGUGCUCUUCAUGCCUAUGAGGUGGCGCUGAAAUCGACCCGCGACAAGUGUCAGAAGCAGACAGAGCAGCUGCGCCAGCUGGAUGACGAAACACGCCAGCUGUUGGCUGACAAGAGCGGCCUGCAUGCCGAGAUUGAGCAGCUGCGCGACACCGUCGGUCGGCAGCGCGACAGAGCCGGCCAGCUGCACCGCCAGCUGGCCACCAGCCACCGCGAGUGUAGCGCCCUACGCGAGCAGGUGGCGCUGCAGUCGCGUCAGCUGCUGACGGCCCGCCGCCGGCUGGAGGCGGCAGGCCUGGAGGUCGCUGACCUAGCGCCCGCCUCCAUCGAGCAGGCCAACCGUGGCACGGACGAGCUGCACGUCCAGCUGGCCGUGGUGCCGCCGCGGGACUCGUCGUCUUCCGAGGAUAUCAGCUCGAUGACGGAGGAGGAGAUCGCGCGCCGACUGCUGGAGCUGCAGCGGGCUGGGCGACGCUCUCUGCAGGACUCCUUCGACGACGUGAUGGCCGGGGUCCAGCGUGCAGCGGCUGCCGACCUGGAGCGGGACGGCGGCGCCAUCGGCCGCGAAGAGCGACAACUUGCCGACAAGAUACGCCGCUGCAACCAAGCUCUCCGGGACACCGUGACCACCCUGCUGCGGCUCAAGGAGCGGGGUGCCGCGCUGGCGAUGGCGCCGCACGGCUCGCUGCCGCCGCUGCAGGAGAUCCCCCUGUCGGGCAGCCCGCCGGACCACGUGUACGCACACGUGCUGGACAUGACGGCAGAGGAGGGAUCGAACGGGGACGAGCCGGCCGAGACGCCGAUGCUGCUGGGCCAAUAG